AUAAAAAGAUGUUUAAAUAUGGUGACAAUUUAUAUAUAUAAAUAUUCAAUAAUUAAUAUAAACAAAAAUUGGUUAUAUUCAUUGAUUCAAUGAAAAUUUCAAAUUACAUAAAAUGCCGGUUAAUACAAAUUUUCAUUAUUAUUUAAUUGAAAUGUCUUUCAAUAGAGUGGACUUAAUUCAUCUAAAUUAAUUUGGAUAUUUUUUUUGUUUGUUUUAAAAAAAAAAUAAUACUACUAAAUGAUUCACUUGGAAUAAUGAAUAAAAAAUUGAUUAUAGUAUUAAGUAUACUUAUUCUCAGCUGUUGUUAUGUUGAAACUGCUUCCGUUAAAAAUGAUUAUGUGGAUACUUCUGAUUCUAGUGAAGUUAUAAAUACUUUAGAAUAUGAAGAAAGAGAAGAUGGAGUAGGUGAACAAGACAAUGUUACAGAAGAAAUAGCUUUUAAUUCGAAGGAAUCAUACAAUUCUUUGGCUGAUGAACAAGCUCAGUUAGAAUCAUUAAACAGAAAUCAGUUCGAGAUUGAAACAAAGGACUCAGAUGAUAAUAUAGAAAUAAUUACUGCUCUGCACAUCAAAUCGAGUAACUUUGAGAAUGAAAAUGGAAUCGGUAUUACAGAAAGUACUGAAUCACAACCGUUACUAAAUACGAUAACUGAAGAAACCUUAUCUUUGGUUACAACGGAUAAUAAUCUAGGUGUUUUAAGUCUCAGUACUGAUGAUCACAUACCUUCCAGGCACUCUACUGAUACAGAUGAAAGUUUGUAUUCUGAUUAUAUACUAGAACCAAACGACAUUGUCGAAAUACCUAGUCAGUCGCAAGAGCACGUUAAUGUAACGGAAGAAAUCUUAGGGAACAAAAAUGAAAUUAUUCUGAACAAAAUUGAGGAACUCGAAGGGACUGAUCAAAAAUUAGAUCAAACAACAAUAGUACCAGAAGUACUAACUAAUGAAAUGAAAGUUUCAUUGAAUACAGACAAGCCUUCGUCAGAGUUAUCCAAACAAGACAUCCAAGUUACUGAAAUUUUGGCUGAUACAAUCUCUCUAAGCACAACAUUACAAAGUGAUAGCAAUACCAGUGCGCAUGAGAAAACAUCUAUAAUAAAACUUGUAAGUAUCUCUACCAACCGUCAACCAGUUGAACGAACCUACGAAAGAAAUGUCUUGAUAGAAAAAUGUUAUCAAUAUCCAAAAAUAAAAAUAUGUAAUAAACUAACAGAUAUGGAUUUAAAACAUCAAGGUGGUUGGUAUUACAAUCCAACUGAAAUGCAGUGUCAAUAUACAUCUGAUUGUAUCAUAAAUGAUAAUUAUUUCAAAACUAAAAAUGAAUGCAUUGAAACAUGUGAAUACUGGAGAGGUACUGCUCGAUGUCUAGCUCCACCCCAAGCAGGUCAUUUUCGUUGUUCCGCUGUGAAUACAGAAAAGACUAUACGACCAAUUCUAAUGGUUUAUUUCGAUAAAGUCUCUGGAAAGUGUCGCUGGUUUACCUAUUAUGGGUGCGGAGGCAGUGCAAAUCGUUUUACAUCUAUAACAGAAUGUGAAAAUACUUGUGGAAAUUUGAUUGCAUACAAAAUUUUACUUGUGGCUAGUCAGCUUUGUCAAGUAGCGCCAACAACUCAGUUAUUUCCACAAUGGUCAAGAAUAGAAAUGGAUACAUGGAGUGAAAUUAGCUAUGAUGGUCAAUUUUAUUCUAAAGAAAAGUCUGAACCUAUUCUAUUUGACAAUCUCACCUAUAUUGACGCUAUGCGCAUUGAACCAGAGUGUGCGAAUGUCGGUCAGCAUGAAUCACGUUGGUAUCUUGAUGUUGAAACAAAUCAGUGUCAGGAAUUUGCAUACUCCCAUUGUGGUGGAUCUUCAAAUAACUUUUUAACACGAGCUGAUUGUGAACAAUUUUGUGGGGCUACAAAACCUGAUAUAUCAGCUAUUUGUAAAUUGAAACCUUCAUUUGGUGAAUGUACUGGAUACAAAACUAUGUGGUAUUAUGAUCCUAAUUGGGUGAUGAAUAUGGAUGGACAAGAUCAUUACUUGAUUGGUGGUUGUAAACAGUUCAAUUAUUCUGGAUGUGGUGGAAAUAGUAAUCGAUUUCCAACUCAAGCUGCAUGUGAAUUAACAUGUCAAUUUAAUACAAAAGUUGAGCUACAAAUUAAUAUUGAUCCUGUGGAAGGACUGAAUAAUGUAACGACACGAUAUGAACCUAUUCGAAAUAAAGACAAUAAUCAGUCAACAAUGGUAAUCACUGAAUCAAACAAAACUAUACAUAAUAAUUUGGUCAAAAAGAUGACAAAGCUAACCUUAAUGAAUAUUGAUCUUGAACCCUGUCGGCGUCAUCCUGUUUUUGGCUUUUGUCGACCAUUAAAUUGCUCUGAAGAACAUCGACGUAAUCAGACAUGCCACUUUUUAAAUUUCCAAAGAUGGUUUUUUAAUGCUCACACUAGUAAUUGUGAAGCAUACAGUUAUAGUGGAUGUGGCGCUUCGGAAAAUACAUUUGACGAUGCUCAAGCUUGUCAGGCGGCAUGUAAAGCUAGAAUUGUCAGACCUGAUAGGGAUCAACGUUGCGAUUCAAACCCACAUACCAAAAAAUGUUACACACUAUCAGUAAGUGGUAGUAAUCAACAGGAUGUAUCAAGUGAAAAAGAUAUCAUUGCAUUUCAUUUUAGUAUGUCUAGUGCUACAUGUAAAGCUUUUCAUUUGAAUACAAAACGAUCUGGUUGUAGUAUGGAACAAUACUUUUCAAAUGGUUAUGAUUGUUUACGAGAAUGUGUCAAAUCUUCACCAAAUGAAAAACAUUUACAAAAUCGUUGUUUUGCUCGGAAAACUCAUAUCUUGUGGAACUGCACAGAUCAAAGUGUUAAAACCUAUCGUUGGUCAUAUCUACCUGAAAUUAAUCAAUGCGUACGUUUUUCUGAAUGUACAAAUCCCGAUCAAAUAAUUGAACAACCUGGAAAUAAUUUUGCUUCAAGAAGUGAAUGUGAAACUACUUGUAUGGCAUCUAGUUUCGAAGAAGUUUGUCAACUUCCAAAAGAUCCUGGUCCCUGUACAAGUUUUCAAACUCGUUAUUUUUAUGACAGUAGUACAUCAAAAUGUCGAGUAUUUUUAUAUGGUGGUUGUUUAGGCAACUUUAAUCGAUUUCUUUCGCGAAAAGAAUGUGAACUAGCAUGUUCUCAAUUUUCAACACAUAUUUUAAGCACAUCAAAUCAUACGAAACCACAAGAAAAUUCAAUGGAAGAAACACUAAUUGGUUAUGAUGAAUCUCCACCGUUAAGUGCACAGGUAUUUGAGAAGAUGAAACAAAUUACACAACAUCAUACAGAUCGUUAUCCUUGGGAUAUUUGUUUGGAUAGUCAUAGUUAUGGUACAUGUUCACUAUCUGGUGGUCAAUAUCAAACAACAAGUGAAUACCCGUAUGUACCAUUAACUCGUUAUUAUUAUGAUCGUCGUUUGGGUCAAUGUCAACCUUAUACAUAUACCGGUUGUGGUGCACGUGGAAAUCAUUUUGAUACAUUAGAAAAAUGUCAAAUUGUGUGCGAGAAUCGUUUGAAAAAUCCAAAGUUUGCUCGCUGUCACUAUGAUAAACCAAUCACAAAAUGUCCUGGAAGUGGAAUUCAAGCAUGGGCUUAUAAUCAUACCAUCGGAGAUUGUUAUUUUUUUGAAAUUUGCGAACCUGAAGAAAAAGUAAGCGAAUUUCAAAUACCUCAAAAAAAGUUUUCAUUUCGUUUGAGAAGAACAAGUCAAUGGCUUGGAGUAUGGCAAGCAAGGACUGGAAAUCUACCUGAAGGGAUCUAUGCGACUCGUAGUGCAUGUCAGUAUCACUGCUUACCAAAACCACCUAGAGGAACAGACACACAAAACGUCUGUCAUAUGAACCCGAUUGUAACAGUACCAUUUGGCUGCAAUGCUAUGGUUACUAGAUGGUAUUUUGAACCUAGAGAAACACAGUGCAGGAGCUAUAUAACUUGUCCACAAUAUGGAAAUAAUUUUCCUAGUCAUAAAGCUUGCCAAGAUAUAUGUACACCUGGACACCCUAUAGAUGUCUGUCGACUUCCGUAUGAUCAUGGUGGAUGUUCAAACUUUGAAAAACGAUGGUAUUAUGACAUGCAAAAACGAAUGUGUAUGCCUUUUACAUACGGUGGAUGCUUUGGAAAUUCUAACCGUUUCGUUACAAAAGCAGAAUGUGAAGGAUUUUGCAUGGGGAAAGAUAUUUGUAGACUACCUUUACAAAAGAAUUCUACUGACUCAAGUUAUCCUGAACGAUUCUAUUAUGAUCAUUCUAGAAAACAGUGUCUUCCAUUUCGUUUCACUGGUCUACUAGCGCAUGGAAACAAUUUCCCAUCGCUUAGUGCCUGUAAUGCAACAUGUAUUUAUGUACCGGACAUUGAAGUGAUCGCCGAAAAAAUUAUGCAGAGUUCUAAUUUAAAUAGUGAUAAAAAAUUAGAAGAAUCAAGCAAAACAUUGAUUCAAGCAUCAUCUAUGGAAAAUCCUACAAAUACCCAACAAAUGACAGAUGAAAACACUUCUACAAGUGUCCGUAGAAUACCAACUGAUAAUAAAAAUAUCUUGUCAGAAAAAUUCCCAUGUUUACCGUUCAUCACUAGUAGUCAAUAUGAAAAUAUAGAUAGACAUACAUUUUGUAACAGUGAAGAUAUAAUUCAUGAAUUAGGUUAUCGAUUUCAAGUAACAUCAAGUGUCCAUGUAACAGAUGAAACAAUUGAUGGUAUUUGUGUACCUAUUCUAGUACCAAUUUGUUUAAAUGAACCACAACGAUUGUACGGGCAGUUAAAUAUGUAUGAAAGUCAAAUGAUUGGACGUGUCUUCAAAACUGAAGCAGAAUGUGAGGAAACUUGUCUACUUAAAAACAGAUUUAAAAGAAGUAUUAUUAUGGAAAAAUCAUUUGAUACGACUAAAAAUAUACGUCAAUUAUUGAAUAAGAUUUUGGACGAGAAAUCUAAAUUAUCAGGUAAGCUACAGUAUAGUAGUAGCAUACGAUUUGAGAAAACAUAUCAAAACGGACCUUUUUAUACAGUUAAUAAGGAGUUAAAAUUUUGUCAAUUUAUAUAAACACUAAUUGUCUAAGUAUUACAUCAAUUACUUUGACUUUUUUCAGAACAUAUAUACUAGUUUAUAUAAGAAUUUCCGUUUAAAUUAGGGCGAAUAGUUUCACAGUAUUUGGGCACCGAGUUGAUGUAAGACAUAAAUAUUAGUUAUUUUUUGAGAGUUUAAGAGAGUCGAUAUUUUUAAUGAGGUGAUAAAUCUAUAACUGAGAGAUGAGCUUACUAGAAAGUACUUAAUUAAAAUAUGAAUUUGUGAACUGAACCUUUACGCUGAGUAGCUUUUAAAAAUCAAAACGGAUUUUCUGACUAUUAUCUUCACAUUGACAAACUCCAUAACGUCGGAAAACAGAAUGUAUCAAAAGUGUUUGAGACUAAAGAGUUUCUAAUCAAAUGAAUGAAUGUCAUCAUUAUUAAUCUUUUCUCCAUGCUUUGUGAUGGCUGUCACUCCUUAAGAAUGUUUAUAUUCAGCCUCACAGUGACUGCUGUCUCUUGACGGUCUCGAGCAUAUUUUACUCUUUUACCGCAGAAAGUAACCUCCUUGCUAAGCUGUUCUGGCCACGACGCACUAUCAAAGGAAAGGUUUUACGGAAAUUACCAUGUUUUCUAGUCACUAGUACUGCAGGCAUUUCAUGCAAUAAAUUUGUGGUUUACCUGGUUAAUUAAGUGUACAAUGCUAUAGCUAUUAGUAGUAAUCACUGUAAUUAUUUUUUUAAACAAAUAAUUUCAACUAAACUAGCACAUUUAAAACACAUCCAGUUAUCCUACGCAAAUCCAAUUUUUUCUCAAAUCACUAAGAAAAUUUAGUAAAUUACAAACGUUGCUACUGAGGAUUCAAUUCAUACUUGUUGGGAUAACCCUGCAUUUUUCUCUCAAGCGACAUGACAAGCGACAUGACAAGCUCAGGGGUCAUCAAGGAGCAUUUCAACCAGUCAGCGACUAAUUAGAAGUUAUGUGAAGUUAUGUUAAUAAAAUAACGAAAAUGGAAAUGUCACAUGUGGAGAUCCUGAUUGGCUGAUUUAUGCACUGCUACUAUGUUUAGCAGUAUUCUAGAACUUUCAGUAAAAACUCAAGGACUCUUAAAUUACCAUAAAAUCCCUAUAUUUUCUGUACAUAAAUGAACCUUGCAGUAAAGUGUUUCUCUGAUACUCGUGUCUUCUUUCUGGUAUUCAAGUCGCUGAGUAGUGCUAGCCCUGGGAUUAUCCGAAUAGCUUAGGAUCUGAAUAUAGCGUUCAACUUACAAGACGUAACAAUACUGAAUAGUAUAUCAUGAAUUCGAUUAUUAUUUGAUGAGCAGUACACAUAAUCUUCAAUACGAACGUCAAGACAGUUCUACUGUACGGGGCUGACACUUCGGGGACUACCACAACCAUCAUCAAAGUGACAUAAGUAUUUGCAAACAAUUUUUUAAGCAAGAUACUCAAUAUCCGUUGACCGGAUACCAUCAGCAACAACCCACUGUGUAAGAAAACAAACCAGCCUCCAGAUGAAGAGGAAGUUAGGAAAAGACGUUGGAAGUGUAUAGGACACGCACUAAGGAAAUCAUCAAACUGUAUUACGUGGCAAGCGCUAACUAGUAAUCGUCAAAGGAAACGGAAAAAAGGAAGGUUAAAGAACACACUACGUCGGGAAUCGGAAGCGUACAUCAAAAGGAAGAAUAUCAACUGGAAACAGCUGGAAAGAAUGGCGGAGGAUAGAGUGGGUUGGAGAAUGCUGAUCUGCGGCCUAUGCCCCUCCACGGGCGGUAACAUGCAUAAGUAAAUAAUAUACAUUAUAGUACAUUUCAUCUUACAGAAGGCAAGACUUUUUGCUGGAUGAAAACAAAUAAUAUAUACGGUCGGACAGGGAUUAUGAAAACAACAAUCAUAACGCCUAAUCUAACAUUUAUAGACAACUUCAGAAUUAUCGAUCUUUAAUAAUGUUAUAAAACAUAAGGCGAAGAAUUUGCGAUCACUUUUGUGAUGGUUUUAUUAAGUAUAUCAUAAAGCAAUUGUUAUCUUAGAAAUUAGAAAAAGGCCUGGAAACGUGUCACUAAUGUAGUGAAAUUUCAUGCAAUAAUGGUAUCAUUUAUUGCCAUUAACCCGCGACAGUUCAAGAUGUUCGGCUCACAUUAGUAGGCUGAAAAAAUAAUGCAAGUUAAUAAAAAGGGACUAUGCAGCUACAGUCAAUAUAUUAACUCUCAUGAUAUCAUUUAAAAUAAUAUAUAUUCCUGUUAACCUCAACGACACAAGUUCUUAACAGUGAAUAUCAGCACUAAAUUAGACAAUCAAAAAAAUUGUUUCUGAUUAAUACUUUCAUCUUUCCAAAUGAAUGAAUCAAUUGUUUAUGUACAAAAUCAUACAUUAUCGUAAAUAAACUGAAUAUAAUGAACAUACUUUUCCAAGGAAUUUGGUUCUACUCCAUCAGUUGAAUAAAGUGAAUUUACAAAAUAAAGAUAUAGUUGAAAUCAUCAAUCAAUUGAAGCUAGACCACCAUGG